CGUCCCUGGAUGAUCUUUUCACCCACCUCCGGGCUGCUGCAGCGUCUCAUGGGAAUGCUUGGGUGCAGGAACAGUUGCGGGGGGUCCUGGGGAUCGGGAGUGGGGUGCAGGCUGGCCCCCUCCCUGGCUUGCGGCGCGGGUCCCGUAGAUCCAGGGCUCCAGAGCGUCUGAGUCCUGAGCCCACUCCCCGUAGCAGGCGGCGGUGCCUGAGCCCUGUGCGGUCUUCCCGGGAGAUGGCAGGUACAGUGUGUGGGGGCACUUCCAGUGCGGCUUCCCGGGGGACAGUGUCAGGGCGUAGGGCAGAGGAUGCAGGAGGGGGGGGCAGCUGCUGGUCCCUCCGCUCCUUCCCCACUGUGCGGCCCGGGUGGUGGUGCGGCCGUCCCUGAGGUGGGGGUGUCAGGCCGGAGAUCGUUGAGGAAGGGCACCAGGAGUGAACGGGGGACGGCCGGAGCUGCCGGUCCCCCUGUGAUGGCGGCUGCGGUCUCUUCAUCUGCCCGACGUGAGGCCCGGCAGAGUGGAGGAGGGGAGGCAGGGCCGGCCCUGUCCAGUGCAGGGUCGGGCUCUAGGCAGCGUUCUGGGGCCAGGUCUGCAGAGGAGAGGAGGCCCGGAGGCAGCAGGGACACGGCUGGCUCACCUUCUCUGAGUGCAGCCCAGCAGCGUACAGCACAGCAGCAGAGCUCCGGGAGUGCAGGGGAGGCCAGAGCUCGGAGAUCUUCUGUCAGCGUCUCUCUGCCUGUGAGGGAAGAUGGGCUGGCUGGAGGUCGGCAGGAUCCAGAGUGCUACAGUGAGAGGGCGCCACCUGGUGGUAGGAGUCGGCAUGGCAGGUCUGGAACUGCAGUUGGGGAAUAUUCUCCUUCUGAUUCUUCCCUUUCUGAUUGUGCUGCAGAUGCUGAAGAGGAGCUGGCGAAUCCGGAAAGGAGGGCGGCCGGUGAGGCGGUCAUUCGUCGGCGGGAGCCUGGAGUGGAUUUGGCGGGACCUUCAACAGCGCUGGAUGACAGGAGUGCGGCCGGCGGUUCCAGGGAGCGGACGCCCAGGCCUGCGGCUGCUGGGGCAUCGGCUUCGGGUCAGCCUGGUCGUGAUCCGUGCUUGGUGUGGAUUUUUGGUCACUCCUAUGUUCGGAGGGGGGCGAUCCGGGCUGCGGUGAGACGGGACGGGAGGCAGCUGGGUUUUUCGAGGGACCUGGCGGUGUUGCGGUGGAUUGGAAUUGGUGGCAUGCUGUGGUGCGGGGUGCUCCCUGAGGUACAGUUCAACGCUUCUUUGGACCGCCACCCGGACAUCUUGGUGGUGCAUGCUGGGGGCAAUGAUUUGGGCCUUCGAUCGUCACGGGAGUUAAUUAGAGACAUUAAGCUUGACAUUCUGAGGCUAAAAUCUACCUUUCCAGGUUUGUUGUUCGUUUGGUCUGACAUGGUGGCUCGGCGGGUGUGGCGGCACGCCAGGUCGGUGGAUCGCUUGAAUAAGGCUCGGGUCAAGCUCAACAAAGAGGUGGGUCGUUUUGUUCGUAGGAAUGGGGGGAUAGUGGUGAGGCACACUGAUCUGGAGGGGGAGCCUUGGGAAUUCUUGGAUCCUGAUGGUAUUCAUUUAAAUGACAUUGGAAUGGAUUUGUGGGCGUUGGCCUUGCAAGGGGGUAUUGAGCUGGCGUUGCGUGUGUGGCGGGAUGAAGGUCAGUGAGGUGUCACUGUCUUUCAUCUGUGGCAUGUGAAAGGGUCCCGGGGGAGUUAGUAGUUUGAAAGAUAAAUGUUUGAGAUGGUUCAAUUGGGCCUCCUGGUGGUGGUUCUGGGCCUCAGGAGUUCGAGGGAUUGUGCGGAAGGUUACCGGGGUGCCUCUGGUCCAGGGGCUCGCGGCCAGGGGUAAGAAGCGUGUUGCACAAAUCCGGUUGGGGGAGGGGAGUGCCCUCCA